CCUGGCGCAAAAAAAGUACAACAACUCGUCCGAAAGAGGACGAACAAGACCCGCGGCAUGAAGAGUUCCAGCGCAUCAUCAAAAAAGCCCGGAGGUGUAGCCGCUUCGCCGAAAUUUUUGAAGACGGCGAAGAAGAAGAAAAGCGGGAAAAACAGGAGCACUUCUGGUUCUGUCAGGCGGCCCCGGGUGAAUAAAACCAAUUUUUUUACCGCAGCUGCGUCCGCGGAGCGAGCUUCGGAAGAAAAGGAAACGAACGAUUACCAAAUGCAAACAUGUCUGGGUCUGGUGGAAGACUGCAAUUUGUCAUGCUAAGUCGGGAUCACAAAAAAAAAAAAUCUAUGCUGCAUCUGCAUGGACGCUAAAAGGAUGUGCUCCAGGAUUUCUCAUGCGGAAUAGGCAUGAAGAAGGUCUUGCAAAAUUCGUGUGCGUGGUCAGCGAGAUGCAUGGCAAAUAUUGCCUUCUUCCAGACCCAGACAUAGUUGCAGUUGAUACCGAUGCGGGAACACCAACCAUCGGCGGAAGCUCUGCAUCGGUCGAAGAUGACAGUGGUAGCAAUCCGUCGUCCAGCACGCCGCGUUUUUCCGAUUCGAAUAAUCCGCACCAGGAUCUCUCGAAAAGAGCCUCAUCUGACUCAGCAGAGGAAGCAGAAGAACCACGACUAAUAGCACGGCCCGGCGCUGGAGGCGAUCUGCUGAGGACCGCCCUAGAGCCGUGGGCACCGUACCUGACGCCCAAACAGAAAGAGGG